ACUGUCAUCAAACCAACACUCGUGGACACUCUCGUAUGGGUUCAUCUCUUCUCCUUCAAAAAACCAAAUAGAUCGCUCCCUCCGACGCUCUCUCAAACCUCCACACAGUCCCCCGUUGACUACUGAGACUCGCCAUCUUCUGAUCCGCUUCUUUUCCACUUAGUAAUGAUGGAGGGAGGUAUAGCACGGUUCCUAGUUUUGUUGAUACUCUCCGUAGCAAUCUGCAAUGCUGCUACGGUUCCUCACCCGAUUUCAGACUCUCACCGAUCCGCGGCUCUCGAUGUCUUCCUACCACUCGAUGGACCCCACAAAAGCUUGGAGGAGGCGUAUGAAGCAUUGAAGGCUUUGGAGAUUCUUGGAAUCGAUAAGAAGUCUGAUCCGAGCUCAGCGGGUUGUGAGAAUGUGGUUAAAGUUCUUGCGUCGCCUUCUUCUGCUCUGAAGGAUGUGUUCUAUGCUUUGAGCGUUAAUGGGAUUCUCAAAUGCAAAUCUGGAGAAGAUGUUCCUAAGGAUAUUGUCUCUAAGCUUCAAGCUGGCGCUAAAGAUGCCAAGUUAUUGCUUGACUUCUACUAUCCCGUCAGAGGCUUGGUGCUUGUUAAGGAGCAAUUUUCUGGAACUGAUCUAACUCUGGGAGAUGCCGAAGCUAUUUUCCGUUCCGUAAAGGGUCUCAGCCAGAGCGAUGGAAGAUGGCGCUACAGCUCCAACAAUCCGGAAUCAAGCACCUUUGCUGCUGGCUUAGCCUUCGAAACUCUUGCUGGAGUGAUUUCAUUAGCACCUUCAGAGAUUGAUCAGUCAUUGAUCCAGACACUGAAGACAGGUAUCCUGAAGCUUUUUGACAGUAUCCAAAAAUAUGACGACGGGACAUUUUACUUCGAUGGAAGUGAAGGCCCGAUCUCAACAACUGCAUCAGUAAUUAGAGGGCUCACGUCAUUUGCAGCUUCAGAGUCCACAGGAUUGAACCUUCGAGGUGAUAAGAUAGUUGGGUUGGCCAAGUUCUUUCUUGGUGUUGGAAUCCCUGGAGAUGCCAAAGAUUUCUUCAACCAAAUAGAUGCACUAGCUUGUUUGGAAGACAACAGGUUCUCUGUUCCACUCAUUUUAUCUCUUCCAACUACUGUCAUUUCACUGACAAAGAAAGAGCCUCUGAAGGUUAAAGUUAGCACUGUACUCGGUUCUAAGGCACCAGCUCUUAGUGUGAAGCUCACAGAAGCUCUAAAUUCAAAGGGUUCCUCUGUAAUUAACAACCAGGAGCUGAAGUUUGACGCCGACAGUGCAACGUACUUCCUUGACUCCUUUCCGAAGAACUUUGAUGUUGGAAAGUAUACUUUUGUAUUUGAGAUUUUGCUAGAUGAGUCGGCAAAUGAAAAAGCUUACAUAACCGAAGCUCAAACAAAAGUGCCUAUUGCCGCCACAGGAGCUAUUAGCAUUGAGAACGCAGAAAUUGCUAUACUUGAUAGUGACGUUGGGAGCGUUGAAUCUCAGAAAACGCUAGAUUUAACUAAAGACGGAGCAGUAUCAUUAUCAGCAAACCAUCUCCAAAAGCUACGUCUGUCAUUCCAGUUAACUACUCCACUUGGCCUUGUGUUUAAGCCACACCAGGCAUUUCUCAAACUGAAACAUGAGUCACAGGUCGAGCAUAUCUUUCUCGUGAAAACUUCUGGAAAGAAGGCUGAAUUAGUUCUAGAUUUUCUUGGAUUGGUUGAGAAGCUGUACUACCUUUCUGGUAAAUAUGAGAUCCAGCUAACUAUUGGAGAUGCUUCUAUGGAGAACUCUGUAUUGAGUAAUAUUGGCCACAUCGAACUUGACCUACCAGCACGUCCAGAGAAGGCGCCUCUUCCUCCUCUACAACCUACUGACCUGUACUCAAGAUAUGGGCCAAAAGCUGAGAUAUCACACAUCUUCCGUGUUCCUGAAAAGCUACCCGCGAAGCAGCUUUCACUAGUUUUCUUGGGUCUUAUAGUUCUCCCAUUCAUCGCUUUCCUGAUCGGGCUGACACGGUUGGGAGUGAACAUAAAGAGCUUCCCAUCAUCGGUUGGAGCUGCAACAUCCGCUUUGCUUUUCCAUGGCGGCAUCGGAGCUGUUCUGCUUCUUUACGUGCUUUUCUGGUUAAAGUUGGAUCUGUUCACGACGCUUAAGGCACUAUCUUUGUUGGGAGUGUUUCUGCUGUUCGUUGGACACAGAACACUCUCCGGCCUCGCAGCAGCAUCGAACAAGUUAAAAUCUGCUUGAAGAAUGUAUUCGCUAUGAUGAAUCUUCUGUGUGUGUUCCAUGGACCAGUUUUUUUUUUUUUUUAUUUGCAGUUUUGUAGCAUUACUUUUUAUAGAUUAAGGUGAUAGACAAGUCCAAAGUAUUUUCAGUCUAGUCUUAAAAAGUUAUCAACAAGAAGAGUUGCUUUCCUUA